GGCGAACUUCUGAGCAUGGAUACAACCAUUCCAGCAGUAAGGACUGAUUUUACAACAAUGAAUAGAAGUGAUGGCGCCCCUCCUAACGUGUGUAAUGUGCAGACCCUGACACCAAGCUUGCUGAUCAUCAUCAUCAGCCUUUGUGGGCUGGUAGGAAAUGCUAUUGUGCUCUGGUUUCUGUGCUUCUGUCUGCGGAGGAACAUCUUUUCUGUCUACCUCGUCAACCUGGCGGUGGCUGACUUCUUAUUCCUCUGCUGCCAAGUUUUAUUUUCCCUGGAGGAACUUAUUGACAUCUUCCAUUCUGUUUUCAUCGCCAUCCCCUAUUUUUUCAGCACUGUGUUCUGCUUUUUCUACAUUGCAAGCCUGAGCAUUCUCAGCAUCAUAAGCACCGAACGCUGCCUGUCCAUCCUGUGCCCUGUCUGGUUCCGCUGCCACCGUCCAAGGCACACAUCAGCCACCAUGUGUGCCCUGCUCUGGGUCCUGUCUCUGCUGCUGAGCACGCUAGAAGGGAAUUACUGUGGCUUCCUGUUUGAAGACUUUGAGCAUAAUUGGUGUCAGACAUUUGAUUUCAUCACUACUGCGUGGCUGAUAUUUUUAUUUCUGGUUCUUGCUGGGUGCAGCCUUGUCCUGCUGAACAGAAUCCUCUACAGCUUCCAGCGGUUGCAGCUGACCAGACUCUAUGUAACUAUUGUGCUCACUGUGUUGGUCUUCCUUGUCUGCGGUCUGCCCUUUGGCAUCCAUUGGUUCCUAUUAAUCUGGAUUCACAAAAAUGUGUUCACAUGUUAUCUUGAUUGGGUUGGACUUAUCCUGUGCAGUGUUAACAGCAGUGUCAAUCCCAUCAUUUACUUUUUUGUUGGCUCCUUUAGGCAACGGGGGCAGCUGAGGCAGCGACGGCGGCUGCCACUGACCCUCAGGAUUGUUCUCCAGAGAGCCCUGCAGGACACUCCUGAGCUGGAUGAAUCUGCAGGCAGCUUUACUCAGGAGAUGUCAAGGAAUAGUGUGAUGUAG